AUGGGUAAAGUCUGUCCACAGAUAGAAUGGAAAUUAGGGGACUGGACAAGAAGGGAAAUUACCUUGAAAUCAGUAUCUGAUUCUCAAUUACACUUUCUUGGUGCCACCUUGGCCCAAGCUAGGCCAACCUAUCUCUUAUUGGUCUCCUUUUUACUAGUAGCUGAGACACUCUAUUUGGUAUUUAUCACUCCUGGCUGGUGUGACGGGUAUACAGUGCCACACAAAGGCACCAAGCAGAUGUUUAUGAGGAUCUUGGCUCUGCUGACGUGGAUGUCAGUUAUUGUUGUGUGUAUUUGUAAUUACAAGAUUUUAUUCCUAUUUAAUGUUACUGAUUAUGGAUUUUUUUAA